CUGGACUCGACGGUCGGGGCGCGUGGUUGGCGCGCGUGAGCGAGGUCGCUGUGUGAGUGGGUGAGUGAUCGGUUCUGACUGGGGCGAACGGAGUGCCAUGGAUGGAAUUAUGGGCGUUGGCAAGAUUGAAAAUUACAGGAGCGGCCGGUACGGAGGUGCGCCCAGAGAUGGCGGCAACACAAGCAAGGACUGUGGUGUGGUGGACCCGUGCUCACCGGCCUACCGGCAAUAUCUUCGCGCCGUGCGCUGGCUAGCCGAGCAGUGCGAUCAAUAUUACGACGAUCCGCAGGCCUUCGGUAUCGACACAUUCAUCAAGGACAUCAUGGUCGGAAAGAUCGCGCCCAACAACGACGACUACGUGGUACUGGCCCUUCCCGGUCAGGAGCGGCACCCAAUGGGCCCUGGUGUCUGGCUUGAUGAGAAGACGGCGCGCCUCAUCCGCGACGUCCAGCGUGACUACGACUCACAAAACGACGGCAAGUAUUUCGGCCAGUUCAAAACUCUGUGUGGCCGAAACCUGGACCAAGUCCGUAACCAGUUCUACAUCGACUGCUUCUCAGAGACCGUUCACCUACAGACAUCUCGCAUGAAGGCCAACACCACCGAAUGCGUGCCGGUGCCGUCGUCAGAACACGUCGCGGAAAUUGUGGGCAAAAAAGGUGGCAAGAUCAAGAACAUUCGGGCUGAAACCAACACGUACAUCAAGACUCCCAAGCGGGAUGAAGAGCCGGUGUUCGUCAUCACAGGUCGGAAGGAGGACGUCGGUUUCGCCAAGCAGAAGAUCCUGGCGGCGGCGGAGCACUUCAGCCAGCUGCGCGAGGCGCGUCGCCAGAACCCGGGCGGCCCGGCACCGGCGCUGGGCCCACCCAAGCGCGAGGGUGACGUCACGGCGUCGGUGGAGGUGCCGUACGAGUUCGUGGGCCUGGUGGUGGGCCAGAAGGGCGCCACCAUCAAGCGCAUCCAGCAGGACACGAGCACAUACAUCACGACGCCGUCGCGCCGUCACCGGCCCAUCUUCGAGGUGGUGGGUCAGCCGGCCGACGUGGAGCAGGCGCGCCAGGCCAUCCAGAUGCACAUCAGCAGCCGGGUGGAGAAGUUCCGAGGAGAGGCGAUGUCCUCCGGCAGCGGCGACGGCUCCGGGUCCGGGCCUUUCAACGCUUCCUCCUCCAGCCUGGCGUUCCUCGGCCUGGACGACUCAGCGUUCGGGGCGGGUGACGGCGGCGCCGGCGGCCUCUUCAGCUCACUCAACAACGUCCACCUGGGCGGCACGUGGACGGGCGUGCCGCCACCGUCGCUGCCGCCGCCGCCGCCACCGCCGUCCCGGUUCGUGCCGCCUCCCCCGCCGCCGCCGCCGCCCUGCCCGCUCGGCGGCGGCGGCGGUGGUCGGCUCAGCGCCUUCCGCAACCUGCCGCUGGACGGCCUGGACGGACUGAGCGCGUCACUGCGCGAGCUGGCGCUGCAGCAGGCGUCAGACGUGAGCAUGCCGGCCGGCUAG